AUGAAGACCGCACGUCGUAAAUCAACUCCUCAUCGCUCGCCAAGCGCUACUGUUUACCCUGUCAACACAAACGGUAGCUCUAGCAGCAGUCAAGUAAAAGUGGAAGAUAAACAACCUUUUGAAUUGCAUGAUCGUGCUCCGGCUACAUUUGGUACGCCUGCUUUGCAAUCACUAAUUUAUGCAACCUCUAAUGAUCGUUAUCCAGGUGCACCAGGCACUCUCUUACACAAAGCAAAAUUGGAAGCAGCAAGAGCAUUGGCAUCCAAACAACGUGAAGCACAACGAGAAGCAGAAAGACGUGAAGAGAUGAAAAGAUUGGGAAUACUCGGAAUGGGCAAAAAGAGAUCAACAGCAAACGGUAACGGAAGCACAAACGGUAACAGUCGAUUUGGAACACCUCCAACCAGCGAUCGUACACGCAGAUCCAACCCAGCAUCCGGCAAUACCACAAACGGAAACGGUCAUACAGCAUCAGUGACGAACGGGACAUCCACUAGACCUGGAAGAGGAAAUGGAAGGAACGUCAGUAGUGCAAUCGAUCAUAAUGCACUUCCGACGCCAGCAUCACAACCUGAUGCCAAACAACAAAACGGUGUCAGUAGUCCACUCUUAUCCUCUUCUGGAAGGCUAAGGAGGCCAGCAAGCGGAAGUAGAGGUACAAGUCCGAUGCCUCUAACUGGAUCAUCUACAAAUGGCUCUGGCAUGGUCACACGAACAAGAUCGCCAAUCGUUGCUCCUUUGGAAUUGGACGAUGAUGCUAAAGUUGGUUCAGGUGCAUUAGGCUUAAGUUCAUCAUCAGCUAAUGGCGUCUUAGCCUAA